AUUAAUACCCAACCUCCCUCUAGCCCCCUUUGUAUUCUCUUCUUCAUGCUCCGAUCUUUAAAGAAAUAAAAAUUCAGAGGAAAAAGAUUUAGACACCUUCAUAUAAUUUCUAGAAGUUUCUUCGUAAUUUAAGUAUGUCUAAAUCUAGAGAUACGGAGAUAAAGUUGUUUGGGAGGACAAUCACAUCUCUCUUGGAUGUGAAGAAUCAUUAUGAUCCGUCGUCGUUGUCCCCUGUUCACGAUGUUUCUUCCGAUCAAAGCAAGGAGGGUUCUUCUUCUUCUUCUUCCUCAUCUUCUUGUUCUCCAACAAUUGGACCAAACAGCAGGGUUCCGGCUAAUAAAAAUGAGAAAGAGAAUAACAGAUUCAAAGAUCCUUACAUAUUAUCCGAUCUAAACGAACCGCUAAAAGCAGUAUCUGAGAUCUCAUCAUCACCAAGAAGCUCCAAGAACAACAACUGUGAUCAACAGAGCGAGAUCACAACUACAACAACUACAAGUACUACAUCAGGAGAGAAAUCAACGGCUCUCAAGAAACCGGACAAGCUUCUUCCAUGUCCUAGAUGCGAAAGCGGAAACACCAAGUUCUGUUACUACAACAACUACAACGUGAACCAGCCACGUUACUUCUGCAGGAACUGUCAGAGGUAUUGGACAGCUGGUGGAUCCAUGAGGAACGUUCCCGUCGGCUCAGGACGCCGCAAGAACAAAGGAUGGGGUUCUUCAAACCAUUACUUGCAAGUCACUUCUGAGGAUUGUGAAAACAAUCACUCGGGAACGAUCCUUAGUUUCGGGUCUUCGGAGUCUUCGGUUACAGAGACUGGUAAGCAUCAGUCAGGAGAUACAACAAAGAUAAACACUGGUUCAGUUUCUCAAGAGCACAAAAACUACCAAGGGUUUCUUCCUCCGCAAGUAAUGCCACCUAAUAAUACUUCUCCUUGGCCGUACCAGUGGAGUCCAACGGGUCCUAAUGCUAGUUUCUACCCAAUUCCCUUAUACUGGGGCUGCACGGUUCCGAUAUGUCCUACCUCAGAGACCUCACCAUGUUUAGGAAAACGGUCAAGGGAUCAUCAAACUGAGGGAGGAAUCAAUAAUACUACAACAACAACUUCUACAAGAGCAAGAUUGGUUACAGAAUCACUUAGAACGAAUAGCGAAGCUACCAAGAGCUCGGUGUGGUCUAAGUUACCAACAAAACCCGAGAAGAAAACACAAGGAUUCAGUUUGUUCAAUGGAUUUGACACAAAGGGUAACAGCAACACAAGAAACCUGGUCCCUGAAACUUCUCACAGUCUACAAGCAAACCCUGCAGCGAUGUCUAGAGCUAUGAACUUCAGGGAGAGCAUGCAACAUUAAUCAGAACAAUGAUAUAGCCAUACACUCAUGAACGUAACUGAGAAAGUUGAGUUUAGCUAAUUGUUACCUUGUGGAAGAAGGAAUCACUGUGUAGAUAUUUUGUUGUUUCGAACUAAGAGUAGAUAUAUAGUAUUUUACUGUUGUACACUAAGAGAAAUACUUUUUUUGCAGUUGUAGAUAUUUCUCUCCGUUGUGGUAUGAAGUUGCAACAUAUAUAAACCUUUUAGGUUUAAUAUCUACGUGAUCUAUCUGAAACUUACAAUUACAUUUUU